GACACAGAUAAAUUAAUAUGUAUUUUCUGGUUGAAUUAGGAAGGCUUUUAUUCUUUGAAUCAAUUGGUAAUCUGUACACUUUACUGUCAGGUCAGCUGUCAUUUGUUUAUUAUUGCGAUUUGAAACCAAAUCGUUUAAUUUCAUUUAGCAAAACAAAAUUAAUUUUAUAAAUAUAUUUGUAUUAAGUUAUUUGUAGUAAACAAUAAGCUAAAAGUUACGACAAUUGCAUAAUGGCACACAGUGAUAAAAAAUUCUUUAUUCUAACCGGAGACCCUGGUGUUGGUAAAACAACAUUAAUAAAGAAAAUAUCAUCUAUACUUUCCGUUAGGGGUACAAAAGUAGCUGGUUUUUACACAGAGGAAGUUAGAAAUAAUCGGGUAAGGGAGGGCUUCGACAUAAUAUCUUUAGAAGGGAAGAGGGGUAGAUUAGCCAGAGAUCAGAGUCUUUUAAAUGAACCAGCAAAGUGUAAGGUUGGCAAAUAUGGGGUUCUUGUGCAAGAAUUUGAACAAAUUGCUUUGCCAUGUCUUACAAAGGUGCCAGACAACCAGACAUGCUUGAUAAUAGAUGAAAUAGGAAAAAUGGAAUUCUUUAGUAACUCCUUUAAAUUAAAAAUAAAAGAAAUCUUUAGUCCCACAUCUAACAAUAUAGUCUUGGCAACUAUACCUAUAAGGAGAGGUGAUGCAAUCAUUGAGUCUAUAAGAAAUAAUAGAAGAUCAAAAAUAUGGGUGAUUACCAGAGAAAACAGAAAUACAAUUCAUGAUGAUAUUUUAAAUGAAAUGCAAAAAGUUUUCACUUACUAA